UUGUAUGAUAUAAGAUUUCCAAUGCCAUUAGUAUAGAAUGAACUAUCCCUCCUCCUCCAUCUUCAUUUAAAAAAUUUAAGAGAGAAAGAGUAGCAGCUUAUGCUUGUGAGUUGUGAGUUGUGAGUCUCCAUCCACAUCCAGAAUGCAAACACUUAUUGUGCAAACCCUAAAACGAAAAGCCACGACCAUCAUCAAAACCUCGAGCGUGAGCACCAGUAUCGACCCAUCCUUCACCAUCUACUUCCUCAUCAACUCCUGCGGUCUCUCCCGCUCGGCCGCCAUCGCCGCCUCCUCCAAACUCCACCUGAAAACCACCAAAACCCCUCACUCCGUCCUCUCCCUUCUCCGCUCCUACAACUUCUCCAAAUCCCACGUCUCCUCCCUCGUCUCUCGCCGCCCCAAGCUCCUCCUCUCCUCACCUUCUUCCACUCUCAAACCCAAGCUCGACUUCUUCCUCUCUCUCGGCAUCUCCGACAUCCCUUCUCUCAUCUCCUCCUCCCCUUCUCUUCUCCUCUGGAGCCUCCCCAACCGCAUGCUCCCCAACCUUAACCUUCUUCAAUCCCUCCUCGGCUCCCGCUCCGCCGCCGCCGCCGCCAUCAACAAGUCCCACUCCCUCCUCACCGCUGACCUCCGCAAGCUCCUCCUCCCCAAAGUCGACACCUUGCAGCAAAACAAUGUCCCCAUGCCCGUCAUCCUCAAGCUCAUCUCAAUGGACCCAAGGUGUUUGUUAGAAUCCUCCACUUUGUUCUCCGACUCCAUCACCACCCUCAAAUCCUUUGGCAUCAACCCUCAAUCCCCCAUCUUCGCUCAUGCACUUGGGGUGUUCGACAAAUUGUCUGAGAGAGUUUGGCAGCGGAAAUUGGAGACUUACCGGUCACUGGGCUGGUCGAAAGAGGACGUCUUUGCUGCCUUUGCAAAGCAUCCUUACUGCAUGUCAGUGUCAGAUGAGAAGAUCACAUCGCAUGUGGAGUUCUUGGAAGGGAAGCUUGGAUGGGAGAGGUCAUACUUGAUGGCGAAUCCGGUGGUGAUUUCAUUGAGCUUGGAGAAGAGGAUCGUUCCGCGGUGCGCUGUGCUGGCAUUGCUGGUGUCGAAUAAGGUUUUCAAGCUCAAGAAUGGAGUGCGCGCGAGGCAUUUGAUGAUGGGCCAGCAGCGGUUCUUGGACAAAUUUGUGAGUAGGUUUCAGAGUGAUGUGCCGGAGGUUGUGGAUGCUAUUCAAGGAAAGGUUGAGUUCACUGGUUUCAGGGAAAUUCAAAACUAGGAUUUUGGUUCUGAUGGACAGAUGUUUUAGAGGAUUUUUCGGUUGUCUUUGCUGGUCUUGUUCUACUCAAAGUACAAUGAACGAGCGAGAGGUAAAGUAGAUGACGACGAUGAUGAUUUAUGUGUUGUGCUUUGCAGAAUUGAGAUCUAUGCAUAAUUGCGCAGGAAAAACAAUAGGUGAAACUUGAUCUAUGUUAAUGCAGUAAUAUGCAGUAUGUGAAGAGGAUGAUGAUUUUUCUGAUCUUGAAGUGCAUAUAUAUGUGAUGUCUAACUCUAUCAUUUGUGUGUUGUGCUUUGUGGAACUGCUGAGAUUUUUACCUGGUUUUGUGGGAACAAACGAUGUAAGACACAAGUUUCGGACACUAGAUGAAACUCACCAUUUUGACAAAGAUGAUUUAGUAGCAACAAGUUGAUUUAUAAUAGUAUCAUUCAAGAAGGCAUGGUAUUUGUAAUGUCAUAUGGUGUUUGUAUAUUACAUGCCAACGAUUUAGUUAUUGAGAAUUUUACCUGCUUUUAUCAAAGCAAAAGAUGAUUAUAGAGUGCAAGUUUCAGAGAAGGCAUUUUGAAUUUGAGUUAGGAUGAUUUAUUUCCCCAU